AUGUCGAUACACAUCAAAAUCCUGCUGAUGAUGCAUCUCGUGGCCUUACUGCUCGACAGCUGCUUGAUGGCUCGCGCUGGCUGACUGGACCAGAGUUUCUGUGGAAGGACGGCCCGUUCAACGCUGAAUCACGAGUAGCGCAUCGAUUAGACGAAGCAGAUCCAGAAGUAAAGAAAGGAGUUGUUUUGUCAUCCAAGGCACACAAGGUCCAAGACUGUUUAAAUGUAAGCAGACUGAGUCAUCUUUCAUCUUGGUUCAAGUUGAAGAAAGCCAUUGCACGUUGCCUCCAAUGGAUGGAUAAACUGCGRAGACAGCAAAGUAAGAAUGGCGCAAAGAAACCGUCAUCCAGCCAAGUAUCAACCUACCAGAUGACACCUGCACUUAUUCAUAGAGCUGAGRAGACAAUCAUCCGCUGUGUUCAGGCUCAAUACUUCAUGGAAGAGAUCCAAGCUCUACGCCGAAUUGAUGAUAGCGAUGGAAAGGGAAGAAUGGCAGAAAAAAAGAGAAAAUCAGAGUUAAAGACGACAAGCAGCAUAUACAAACUAGAUCCCUAUCUUGACCAAGAUGGUCUUAUCCGAGUUGGAGGUCGUCUUGAAAAUGCACACUUGCCAAGUGAAGUACGCCAUCCUGUCCUACUUCCAAGGAAAUGUCAUGUGACUACGUUACUGAUUCGACACUACCAUGCUAAAGUGAACCACAUGGGCCGCACUACUACCCACAACGAAUUACGCCAAAGAGGCUUCUGGAUAGUAAGUGGAUCUUCUGCAGUAUCAAAUGUCAUCUCAGAGUGUGUAACAUGCCGCCGACAACGAAGAGCUGUUGAGGAGCAGAAAAUGUCAAGUCUUCCCAAGGACAGAAUGGAACAAGUCCCACCAUUCAGUUAUUGUGCAGUUGACUAUUUUGGACCAUAUAUCAUUAWASAGAGAAGAAGUGAGGUGAAGCGCUACGGAGUGUUGUUCACUUGCUUAGCUUCGAGAGGAGUGCACCUGGAAACAGCCAACAGUUUAGACACCUCGUCGUUUAUCCAAGCUCUUAGAAGAUUUCUAGCCCGUCGCGGUCCUGUGAGGCAGAUCAGGUGUGAUCAGGGCACCAACUUCAUUGGCGCUCGUAACGAGUUGAAAGCAGCAAUAGAUGAAAUGGACGAAGCUCGAGUGAGUGAGUAUCUUCUGUCCGACCAURAUUGUGAAUGGAUUCCAUUCAAGUUCAACACCCCCCACUCCAGUCACAUGGGUGGCUCUUGGGAGCGUUUAAUUGGCACAGUGCGAAGAGCCCUUGAGCCCAUGCUGAGAAACCAUGGAAAACAGUUGGACGACGAGUCGCUUCGAACCUUGAUGACAGAAGUGGAGAACAUCGUGAAUUCAAGACCACUGACCAGUGAUAACCUAUGUGACUCUGAUGCACCCGAACCCUUAACACCAAGUCAUCUGCUGACGAUGAAACCUAAACUGCUGAUGCCUCCCCCAGGAGAUUUCCAGCAUGCUGACGUGUAUAGCAGACACCGAUGGAGACGCGYCCAGUAUCUCAUUAAYCUGUUUUGGAYGAGAUGGCGAAAGGAAUUCAUCCAGAUUCUUCAGAUACGACCAAAGUGGAACAAGCCAAGAAGAGAGAUCAGUGUUGGAGAUGUAGUAAUCAUUAAGGACGGAGAUUUGGCACGCAACAAGUGGCCUCUUGCCAAAGUAGUGGAAACAUGGCCUUCAGAGGAUGGUCUUGUGAGGAAAGUAAAGGUUCUUGYUGCUGAUGGAGCUCUCAACCAUGAAGGCAAGYGCACUCGACCGUCAACGUACCUAAACAGACCUGUACAAAAGUUGGUAGUUCUACUCCCUGUAGAAGAUUAAAGAAGGACAAAUACCGGGGAUUCCCCCCCGAGGAGCCAUUGAACUUUGUUAUUACGUUGAACUUUGAACUCUUUAUUUGUUGACAUUGAAAUUUGCAUAUUGUAAUUUGUUAUACUGUAGUUGUAACUGUAGAACAGUUAGGGGAGCCAUGUCGCUACGGGUUCCCUGUGUGCGAGUGUGGGAUUCCUGUGUGGGGUGGGCGGCCACUCAGUCCGGAAAAGGCCCACUGUCUUGUUAUCUACUUUUGUACUUUAUCUACUACGUUGUAUGAAUUUUUCUAGUUUUUGAGAAAUAAAUGUAGCAUAAGACAAGAGUCUGCCUUUUUUCGAAACUCCAUCGGGGU